GCUUUCUACAAGGGGAAGACGAAGGAACUUUCGCUGCUGAUGCUCGACAAAGAUACCCUCUCGCCCGGGCGAUAGAGGAUGGAAUAUCGCCGAGCGGUUACACAUGUACCGUUUCACUUGGUCGUGUGCUGUCCAACCAAUGACAUUGGAUCUGACUCCGAUGACGGAUUUGGGUGAUGCGAUGCGGCGACCAAUUGCCGCAAUGGUGAUUCUUGACGGAGGUCGAUUCGGGGCUUUUGGCAUCCCCGGCAAAAGCCAAGUGCACACUCUUGCGUCCGCCCGCCUGGUUGGUCGGCUGGUGCUUCUCGCUGCCUCAACCCUGGCAGGCAAACCCCGGGAAGCAAUGCCUGUUGGCACAUGGAAAGUCUCCCUGCGGCUAGUGCACGAUCCCGCUGGAAUGGGAAGCUGGGUUAGGCCCAGAAGAGCAGGUGAGCGUCUAGUCGCGGAUGUUGCUUCGUUGACUUAUAUCGUGGUGUUUCUCAAAGCAGACCAACCUGAGGGCCUAAUGCCUCGAGAUUCGCCGACGCUGUUUGGCCCACUGACCUUGGGAGGUGAGACAGUGGCCUGGCUACUGGGUACACGUAUUUUCACACAACAACAGUUACAAAAGUACAAAAGUAGAUACCAAAUAGGGAUCGCAGUCCGGCUGAUGGAUCGCAAACUGUUGCCUACCGUGUUGGAUCAUGGCCCCGAGAACUUGACCGGUCCGCGCACUAAGCGUCUCUUCCGCGGGCCUCUGUUGAUUUCUGACCUCGCUUGGAGCAUCUUGGCUUAAUGCUACUGCUCCUCUAAUAAGAUAGGUACGAG